AUGAGGUUAUUUCAGAAUUCUUAUGAUUUUAAUUAUCCCUGGGAACAAGUUACAGCAGCUAACUGGAAGAAAUAUCCCAACGAGGUUUCCACCCAUGUGAUUGCAGUUGACGUACUGAGAAGGGAGGUUUGUCGUCAAGGAAGGCAGCUAGUAUCUGAAAGACUAAUUACCGUGAAACAAGGCGUGCCUAAAUGGAUUACGAUGAUCGUGGGUGCUUCAAACCUUAGCUACGUAAGAGAAGUCUCAGUGGUAGAUUUAGAUUCCAAGACUUUGACCUUGCGGAGUUGCAAUUUAACAUAUUCCAAUAUUUUGAAAGUUUUCGAAACUGUUAGAUACAGCCCACACCCUGAGGAUCCUCAAAACAAGACGCUUUUUAACCAAGAAGCCCAAAUCACUGCAUUUGUUGCCAUUAACAAGUUGUGCAACAAACUGGAAGAAUUUUCGGUACAAAGAUUCAGAGAUAAUGCAUCUAAGGGAAAGCAGGGUUUUGAUUCCGUUCUUGAAGUUUUCAGUGCUCAGUGGGAUAAAAUGAAUGGUGCAGUCAACGAUUCUCAUUCCGCCAUAAUAAAUGGGAAUUUUGAUUUGAUUAAAAACGCUUUUAGAAACAAGAAUUAA